CGCCGACGUUCGGUGGCCAGAGAACAAGCGAGGAGGCCCCCUGAAACGGCAGGUGCAUUUGGGCCUAUGAGAAUGGCGCUCAUACCAGCCAUGCAAGGCCGCAAUUCAAAACGUGGUGAGGUACAGCCGAAACUGACAAGGAGCACUCAGCCACCAAAACAGGCAGGCCCGCCAACGGGGCCAGAAAACUCCCAAUGCGCAGACGCGCCAGAGGGCGCAGAAUAUAUGGGCGGGGCCCAGAGCCGGAAGUGCCUGACUCCGGAAUUGCCUGGAGGUCCCGCCCCCAAAAGGAACUCCGGUUGCCCAGCAACCGGUGCUGGCGCUGCCAGCUGGUUCUGCUCUAGCUGGAGCAAGCUGAACAUAGUUCAUACCUGCAGCGCUGACAGCCUCCCUUACCGCCAGUCUCUCUGCGUGCCGCUUCUCCUCGCGUCACUAAAUCCUUGCCCUUGGCACUAUUUACAUCUCUCCGCCUCCCACGACUCCUUAGUGCCCACCUGCUGCAAAGCCAAGCUCCAGCGCGAGCGAGGCAGUCUGACCCCGGACCCUGCCUCCGAACCGCGCAGCUCUCCAGCCAUGGCCACCUACACCUACACCAGCCGGCCCCGGGCCCUGGCCUGUCAGCGCCGCCGUUACCGGGACAGCCUGUUGCAGCCAGAUGAAGAACCUAUGCGUUAUGGAAACAUAAUGUAUGACAGACGGGUAAUCCGAGGCAACACGUAUGCACUACAGACAGGGCUGCUGCCUAGGCAGCCUGAUCCCGUAGAGCUUCAGAGACAGCAGCAGGCUAAGAAGAAGGCUCUUGCCAAAAAACGAGCUCAAGAUCAGCUCAAACCACGGACCCCAGAACCUGUAGAAGGCAGGAAGCAUGUGGAUGUGCAGACAGAAUUAUACCUUGAAGAAAUUGCUGACCGAGUAAUAGAAGUUGAUAUGGAAUGCCAAACAGAUGCAUUUCUGGACAGACCACCAACACCACUUUUUAUUCCUGCAAAAACUAACAAAGAUGUGGCCACUGAAAUACUAGAAGGAGAGCUCUUUGACUUUGAUCUUGAAGUUAAACCAAUGUUAGAAGUUUUGGUGGGCAAAACAAUUGAGCAGUCCCUACUGGAAGUGAUGGAAGAGGAAGAGCUGGCCAGUCUGCAGGCUAGCCAGUGUGCCUAUGAAGAAAUGCGAAAUGUUGAAUUGGCUGAAGUCCAGCGACUGGAAGAGCAAAAGAGACGACACCAAGAAGAAAAAGAACGUCGUAAGCGGCAGCAGUGGGAUAUAGUACACAAGCAAAACGAGACAGCACAGAAGGUAGCUGCCUGUGCCUUUGCACAGCGUUACCUGGCUGACCUUCUCCCAUCUGUUUUUAGCAGUCUCAGAGACAGUGGAUACUUUUAUGAUCCCAUUAAAAGAGAUAUCGAGAUAGGAUUUCUUCCAUGGCUAAUGAAUGAAGUUGAAAAAGCCAUAGAUCACAGCAUGGUAGGAAGAACAGUACUUGACAUGUUGAUUCGUGAAGUGGUUGAAAAGAGACUGAAUAUUUACAAGCAUAAGGAUACACACCCAUCUUCCAAAUGGGAGAAUGGGCCUGAUGUUUCCGGAGCAAUGGGAGAUCUCACAGCAAACUAUGAACCCAGUGAGCCAAGCACAUCACAGGCCCAGAGGCCGUUAGCAGACACAGACUACUUGCAAACAACAUCAAAUGAAAGAGGGCCACCAUCCCAAGAAGAAUUCUUAGGGCAGGACGAAGAAGCAGAAAUGAGUUCCUUAGAGAUGGAAGAACCAGGGGAAGCAUCAGAGCCAUGAAACCAAUGGACAUCCAGGUAAAUGAUGCCAGAGGCCCACAGGAUAUAAGCAAUUGCACUGUGUUCAGUCAGCUUGUCUUUUUGUCUAUGGACCAAGGAAUUCAAA